AUGGAGCCCAGGGAGUUGAGCCCCAGGGGAAGGAGAGGGCCAAGCCCGAGUCAUCUAAGCGCUUCUCUCACCAUCUUCUCGGCGCCCCCAGCCCCAGGGCUGGCUGUGGAGGUGAAGGUGCCCAUGGAGCCCCUGAGCGCACCAGUGGGCCACACCGCCGAGCUGACCUGCAGCUACAGCACGUCGGUGGGAGACAACUUUGCCCUGGAGUGGAGCUUCGUGCAGCCUGGGAGGCCCGUCUCGGCAUCCCAACCCAUCCUGUACUUCACCAAUGGCCAGCUGUAUCCAACUGGUUCUAAGGCAGAGAGGGCCAGCCUGCUUCAGGACCCCCCCACAGGAGGAGUGGCCACCCUGAAGCUGACUGAUGUCCACCCCUCAGACACGGGAACCUACCUCUGCCAAGUUAACAACCCGCCAGAUUUCUACAGCAAUGGGUUGGGUCUCAUCAACCUUACUGUGCUGGUGCCCCCCAGUAGACCCUCGUGCAGUCAGAGUGGUCAAACCUCCGUGGGGGGCUCUGCUGCACUGAGAUGCAGCUCUUCAGUGGGAGCCCCCAGGCCAGUGUACAACUGGGUCCACCUUGGAUCUUCUCCUACACCUUCUCCUGGCAGCAUGGUGCAAGAUGAUGUGUCUGGCCAGCUCAUUCUCACCAAUCUCUCCCUGGCCUCGUCGGGCACCUACCGCUGUGUGGCCACCAACCAGAUGGGCAGUGCAUCCUGUGAGCUGACCCUCUCCGUGACUGACCCUUCCAAAGGCCAAGUGGCUGGGGCUGUGAUCGGGGUGCUGCUGGGCCUGCUGUUCUUGUCAGUCGCUGUGUUCUGCCUGAUAAGGUUCCAGAAAGAGAGGAGGAAGAGGCCCAAGGAGACAUAUGGGGGUAGUGACCUACGGGAGGAUGCCAUCGCACCUGGGAUUUCUAAGCAAACUUCUGUGAGGGCCGAUUCUAGCAGUGGGCUCCUGGAGAGGCCCCCCUCUGCCAGCACUGUGACGAUCACCAAGUCUAAGCUCCCUAUGGUUGUCUGA